AUGUCUCUUCCUAAAAACUUCCAGCUUAAGGUCUCGGGUGGCAAAACGAUCGAUAUCCCAUCCGUUGGGUUCGGGACAUGGGCUGCAGAAAUCGAUGGAUGGUGUAAGGAUGGCGUCCUCACAGCUCUCAAAGCAGGCUAUCGACACCUAGACUGUGCCUGGAUGUACGGCGUCGAUCAAGAGAUUGGCCAAGCAAUUCGCGAAUCUGGCAUCCCACGGUCUGAGAUUUUUAUUACCAGCAAAGCGUGGCCUCAUUUCUACGCUCCUGAGAAUAUGGAGCUAAAUCUUGAUCUUGUUCUUAAACAGAUGGGGCUUGAUUAUGUCGACCUCUGGCUCGCCCACUGGCCUUACGCUGCCAUGCCAAUCUCAAGAGAGGCUCUUGAAAAUGCAAAAAACGGACGGAAGAAUACGCCCGAGGAAAAGGGGUUACUAAUGAAGAACGGAAAGCCAGUAAAGGAUUGGGCUCAUACGUCUACAAACAUUGCGAAGCAAGUUGGACAAGAAGGAUCUUUCGUUCCCACCUGGAAAGCGAUGGAGAAAUUGGUCACUAAAGGCAAAGCCCGCGCGAUUGGCCUCUCGAACUUUUCUAUUACCGAACUCGAAGCUGUUAUCCCUCAUGCCGAAAUUCCCAUUUCAUGUAAUCAGAUCGAAGUUCACCCAUGGCUGCCCCAGAAUGCCCUUGUCGAAUUUGGCAACAAGAAUGAUAUUCUGACUACGUGCUGGUCCCCGUUUGCAGGUCAGAAGGCCGAUGGUGCAACUCUUUUAAAGGAUGAAAAGAUCUUGAACCUCGCAGAGAAAAACGGAAUGGAUGUAGGCCAAUUGUUACAAAGUUGGGCGGUUCAGAGAGGAACUGUGCCGCUAGGAAAGAGCUCUACUCCUUCGAGAAUCAAGUCUAAUUUAGAUAUCAAGAAGCUGGGAGAUGAAACCAUGAAUGUUCUAGACGCAAUGGGUAUUCCAAACGGUGCUGGAAGGACAGUCGACUUUACAGAGGAUUGGGAUGUUCCUCUUUUUACGAAUUAA